AUGGAAGAGUCAUUUUCCGGGAUGGAACGUAACAGCUCCGUUAUAAGCAGCGGGAUAUGGAAGCUGUUCUGUGUCCUCAGCAACUGGAAGACGGCAAACGGCCUGACGUUGGAGCUCAGCGCGCAUUCUCCCAGCGACUCGGAGCACUGGUUCAAGCAUCAUUCUGUCUCCGCUAAUGGCGACACUGCCGGGGUCCAAGAAGCCGAUUGCAGCUGGCAUGAUCCGCAGCACGGCUGGGUCGACGGCCGGCUCAUCAAGUCUGCUCCUGAAGGAGCCAUACUGCGGCUCUUCGCAACGACCCAUCUAUCUUUCAAACAGGAGCUUCCUCGACUUGGCGGGGUCACAUGUUUCAUCAUCCGCCGACAACUACGUCGCCAGCUUUCCCAGUCAUCACUUGGGCUUAUACUUGGCAAGCUACGUCGUUUGGAGCAUCUCAUUUACGAAUCAUGGCGGACAUUGGAAGGCAUUCACAGGAAAAAAGACUUUGAACAAGUGAUACAGAAACACUUUCCGCAAACCCUGAGGAGAGUAUCGAUUUUUGAAGACUUCAACGACAGCCUUUCCACAGUAAUAAACGAUACCCUCCUAGCCUUGCAGCUACCGGCAAACACCUCCCGAAUCGGAGGUUCCAAGGUUGCUGCGGCCCUUGCUUCCAAAAGCCUCAACCUUGAGCACCUCUCUGUUUCUUACAUGGCCAGUGCAGACGAUUUCUUCAAAGCUUGCCUGCCAACUUGGACUUGGCACCGAUUACAGUCUCUGGCGCUAACGUCGGGACUCCUACGACGUACUGAAAGCCGACGAGACAUUGACUACUUACUAUACAAAGCGGGCAGUGUCGCGCUGCAGAUGCCGAGGCUGCACACCAUGGUGAUCUGGGAUGGCAUCAAAGGAAAUGCCUGCGCAUUCAUAUAUCAUGUGAACGGAGAGGGUGCGCAUAUCACCUGGCGCAGUACAUGGGAGAUGGAGUUGACCCCUCGUGUGGUGAAAGCCUGGGAGCGCGUAGCCCUGGAGAUUCAUUCGCCAGUUCUUCGAUCCGGUCGCAUUGUCUCCGUCGACGACGCCCUCACCAGGGCCGACGCCGCCUUCAACGCCGCCUGGCACGCCGUCCACCUCGAGGAAGAGGGGAGCAGCCGUCUUCCCCGGCUCAGACUUGCGCUCCGGCGAGCCCGACGGGCCCAGAAGCAGGCCGAGGCCGCCUGGGCACGAGCCCAGUAA